GUAGCGCUGGCGCUAUCGACCUUAUCCCUACUGCUUCUAGUGCUCGUCUUGCUCUCUGUACCGGGUCCUAUCAAAGGCUUGUACUGGUUCCAAGUUGACGGUCAACAUACUGGAAGCGGACCUCUCAAGUCGGGUGUGCUUGGAUGGUGUGAGACCGAUACAUCCAACUGCACGUAUGCGCCUUUAUCUGAUAAUGGCUACCUGUCGACCAAGAUCAAUACUGGUGAAGCAUUGACAGUCCGUAUGAUGUUGCCUUUGGCCUGCUAUUGGGCCAUUGUCACGCUCGUUUCUUGGGUCCUCCUCUUGGUCGUUGCCAAAGUCGGGUACGCUAUCCGAGACCUCGACUCCAUCACGAGACAUCUUCGAGUGGCCGUCAUGGAAGCUUGUGUCCUGUGUAUCACACUGUUCGGCAACGUUCUCUGCUGGUUGGCCUUUGGCUUUGGUCGAAACGCCUUCUUGUCAGUCCAAAAUGGAGGUGGGAAUCCCAAAUCAGGUCAAGCGAUGGAAACAACCGCUGUCGCAGCGCUCAUGUCUCUCCUAUCCUUCUUUUUCGCCAUUUGGGGCCUUCAUCUCCGUCUGAGAGCUGCCCAGAAACACUGGAAAGAAGAAGCUGUCAUGGUUCGACGGCGAUCCAUGGCUCUUUCUGCUCAAGGU